AUGGUUCAAAUCUCCGCUUCUCUCCUCCUCGUCAUCUUGGCUGCAGCCCCAGCCCUUACCGCACCUAUCGUUCCAACUAAUGAGCUCGCCACCCGUGAUAUCAACGACCUCGAGGUCCGAGAGUACCAAGGGUUGGAGCAGCGAGAAUAUGAUGACAUUUCUGAACUCUUAGCGCGUGACGUUAGUGAUCUCGAAGCGCGAGAGGUUGAAGAUUUGCUGCAAUUCCUGACUCGUGAGACUUCUGGCUCUGAAGCACGGGAACCCUUCCUCGGUUUCAUCGGAAAGGCUGUCGGCAAAAUCUUCGGUCGUGAAUUCUCGGAUGAUGAGGUCCUCGACAUCUCUGCUCGGGAACCCUUCCUUGGCUUCAUCGGCAAAGCCGUUGGCAAAAUCUUCGGUGGUCGUGAACUCUCCGACGACCAAGUCCAGGAGCUCGUCGCCCGCGAGCCGUUUUUGGGCUUCAUCGGCAAGGCUGUCGGCAAGAUCUUUGGCCGUGAUCUCAACGACUCUGAGGUCGACGAGCUCCUCGCCCGUGAGCCAUUCCUCGGCUUCAUCGGAAAGGCCGUUGGCAAGAUCUUUGGCGGCCGCGAGCUCUCCCAACAGCAACUCGAGGCCCGCGACCCCUUCCUUGGUUUCAUUGGCAAGGCUGUUUCCAAGAUUUUCGGCCGUGAAUUUUCGGACGAGGAGGUGGUCGACAUCUCCGCACGCGAGCCAUUCCUAGGCUUCAUUGGCAAGGCCGUCGGCAAGAUUUUUGGCCGUGACCUUUCCGACGAGGAGGUCCAGGAGAUCGCUGCCCGUGAACCAUUCCUCGGAUUCAUCGGCAAGGCCGUUGGCAAGAUUUUCGGACGCGAACUCACCGACAGCGAGGUUGACGAUCUCCUCGCGCGCGAACCCUUCCUCGGCUUCAUUGGCAAGGCUGUCGGCAAGAUUUUCGGUAGCCGCGAGCUUUCGGAGGAGCAGCUCGAGGCCCGCGAUCCUUUCCUUGGUUUCAUCGGAAAGGCUGUCGGCAAGAUCUUCGGCGGUCGCGAGUUGUCUGAGGAGCAACUCGAGGCUCGCGAGCCCUUCCUUGGCUUCAUUGGCAAGGCUGUUGGAAAGAUUUUCGGUGGUCGCGAGCUUUCCGAUGACCAGGUUCAGGAGCUCGUUGCCCGCGAGCCCUUCUUGGGAUUCAUUGGCAAGGCGGUUGGCAAGAUCUUCGGUCGCGAACUCACCGACGCUGAGAUCGACGAGAUCCUCGCGCGUGAGCCCAUCUUUGGCUCCAUCAAGGACGCUGUCGAAUCCGUUGCCAGUCGUGAAUUCAUUGAGGGUGUUAUCUCGGAGCGCUCGAUCAAUGACCUCGACUAG